AUUUUACUUGAUACACUAGAAUAGGAGAUUAUAAAUGGUCCUGAGUUGGGCAUUGGUGUGAUUAUGAAAGCAAUGCGACCUCAUGAUAUUGAUAACACAGUACUGUGUGUAGAGAGCGAGCGAGUUUGAUUCCUAUUGUACUUCGCUUCAAUGCUGAGUAGGGAGACUCCACGGUGCAUGUAACGCACCUAUGAAUUGGUAGUGGUGGUAGUGAUGUUGGUAGUAUUAUAGAGAGAUUAGUGCGCUGUAUAUGAUCCCUGCACUCAGCGUGGUAUGAGCUGUUAUACAGACAGUCAUCUGAAAAGAGAUCAAUGCCUGUUCUUUUUCAUGGACUUCAUUGUCCCAUACACCUGUGUGUCAGUCGUGGAUAUAGUUGUGGUGCGUGUUGGUUUAUUGAAUUAGGUUUAUUCAAUAAGCACAUGGGCCACUAACAUGGAACCUGAAUUCAACAUAGUUGUGAAAACUCGUCACUAACUGGACCAUGGCUACAAGCGACCGUGGUUGCUGUUUUGUGUGGAAUAUUUCAGUUGACACUUUGUGGACAUGGUAACUUCUUCAUCACAUGUGUAACAACUGUUCAUCAGGAUUCACCUUGAUAAAAAACUGAAAGGUUGGUAGACGGGGAAAUUGUGAAGCUGGUAUGGUUUGAUUUCUGUUCAGAUACCAGCACGUCGUCUUGGAAGAAAUGAGGCAAUAAAUUCAAGUUCAUAUAGUUCAAGUAGGAAAACAGUCAGAUGACAAGUCUAGUACUGGUACAAGGAUUUUUUUUCCUAAUGGUACUGGCAUUUGUUUAAGAACUGCUGGUUGCUUGUCUUUUAGUUAUGAGACACGAAUUACCGUAUAUGUCAUCAAAUACUGGUAUAGACUGGUCUUUGGACUUAUAAAUCUUGACAUAAUCUAGUUCUCAUUGGCCUGUGGUAUGAACCUGGACUAUUGUGCCUGACUUGCAUGGUCUUAGACAAACACAAAGAUUAUAAAGUAGACAAUAGAGAGGAAGGUAAAUAAAAGAUAUUAUCAUCCUGAAGGAUAGGCCUAUUACUUUGUGGAUCACUCUGUCUGGUCACUACUGAGGGCAGUAAUAAACCUCUUAUACAGGAGCUGUUACAGGAUGAACAGAUACCUAAGGACUGCUUUGAAAUUGGAAUAUCACCAAAGUGCACAUGAGGUUCUGAAUACUGUUUACAUAGAUCUGGAAGUUGAAUUUAGCCAGCUAUUGAUAGCUUUGAUACAUGCAAGAAACUUUUACACCAACACUAUUCAAAUUUAGGACUGUGUUUGCCUAUCAACUUUGAUCAAGCAAGGUGCUGGUCACAUACAUGUACCUAAAAUUGCUGGAAUCUAGAAGUUCAAGGCAAUAUCAUGCUCAUCCUCUGGAAUUGAUCAGAGCCACCGGGGAAAGUUGAACAAAGUCGGGUUUAUCCUACACUGCAUUAAUUUUGCUUGGCCUGGACCCACCUCAUUACCUGCGGGUCAUUAAUUAUCCUGAGUAACCAUAUGAUUUGAUUAUGAGUGUUAGUUGUCAUACGCCACGCUGGAGUGCACCGAUUAAGGAUUUAACCCGACGAUGCGUGGCAAAUUCUGACGCCACUUCCAGUGAAGAGCUCAAAUCCAUCGUAAUAUACAUGUAGCUACGUCCAUCGUCAGCAGGGGAUACAAUCACCCACGUCAACUUACUCUGUCAUUAAGACAUCAAGCAGGAGGAGUCGACUCAUCCACUCUCAGUUUAACGAUGGACAACUAUUUAAACGACGGUGUCAAGAGGAAUGUUCAAACGACUCUGAUUGCUCUGUUAAUCAUCAGUGAUAUAGAUAUGCAAGGCUGGGUUUGGUGUUAAUUGAUGAGUGUCCUAGUGGAGUAUCCUCGUGCAACGAGAUGCCUAGAUUGAUGGCAAUGGUGAUUUGUAAACUACUCUGAUUUUCAUCCCUUGUUCUUUAGAGUGACAUCACUAUUGAUUCACUUCUAUUGAUAUCACAGAUGUUUUGGAUCAUUAAAUCUUCUAUUUGAUAAUUUGUGACUUUUGUAAACUGCUUGUGAUGACAACUAAACUACAAAAAUCCAGAUGAUCAUUUCAUAUUGUUUGUAUUCCUUAUUGCCAUCAAAAUUGUGCUGGUAGAUAGGGAAGUACAUGUAUGUCAGAGUGACCUUUGGAGAAAUCUGAAUGUGAAUGUUUUGACAUCUUGAAAUGUGUUUAGCUGUGAAUGGAACCCUCAUAUUUCUGUGACAUUCUCAAGAAACGUUCAGGGAUACUAGGAAAACUAUUGCCGUGCUGGAAAACAUUACUCCAAUUUCAUUACUCGGCAUUCAUAAUUGUAGUGGGCUGUGCUUUUAACAGGAAGAGCAUUCAGGAGUUGACCUGUUUAAUCUAUGACCAGAAUUUCAGUUCUUCCCUUUUUGGAAUUACAUCUGUUUAAAAUAAAAGGUCUUUUCUUUCCUGGCAUCGUGUGAAAUAGACUCUGGAAGAACUUCCUCUAGUAAUUUGAUAUCUUUGAUUCAUUCAUCUAUCAAAACUAAAACUCUUAAAAUCUCAUUCAAGAACCUUCAAUGGAACACAUGAUAAUUACGCUCAUGAUAUAGAUGGAAUCCCCUCUUUGAUUUGAUUCUUGAGGAUUACAUUUCCUCUUUCGAAAGUGCGUUUCUUUUUCUCAUCCUAAGUGGUCGUGACUGAAAUCUCGGAUCGAAUCAGUGUGCUGAAGACUCUUAUGACGAGACAUAGCAGGAACUGAUAUCAAAGAUUUACAGGAGGAACUAAACUGAAAGUAGUGAUUGAACACCGAUAGGGAUAUUAGAGGGAAUUUACCCAGCAAGUGUAGGGGACAGUAACCUACCAAACGCUGUUAUCGUCAAGUUCUUCUAGCGGUUACAACGAGACCCUGAUGGGGACAUGUGUUAUACCUAGGCGUGGUGGGAUAUCAUUUGACCGUGCAGAUAAGACAGCUCUUUAUGUUCGAAUGCUAGGUGAUGUGAUAGUCCACGGUAAGCUGGUGACAACGGAUCCUCUACCGCUCCGCCGAGGCUCUGUCCCCGAAAAUGAAUAUAAGGCACCACAGAUUUUGCCCAGCAACAAGAUUCGGCGGACUAGCCUGCAGACGCCCACGGUGGCGGCCAUUGAACCCUCCCCGACAUCCACGUCAGCUUCGCAGGCGAAGCAGACGAAAAACGAUGACGGUAACGAUGACCAGGCGAAAUCGUCUACUGCCCAACAUCGCACUCACCCUACAGUACUUCUUGAUGCUGCCUACCAUGGGAAAGCACAUCACAUGCUUCAAAAUAUUGGGCAGUGGGACUUCAACAUUUUCAAGUUUGAUGAAAUUUCCAAUGGUCACUCUUUGAGAAUGGUCCUCUUUCACUUGUUUGAGCAAUAUGGACUGACCAGACAUUUUAAGCUGGACAGCUGUAGGCUUAUGAAGAGCUUUGAAUUGAUUGAAGAAGCAUACUACAAUAAAAGCAAGAACCCUUAUCACAAUUCUAUGCAUGCAGCAGACGUCUGCCAAGCUAUGCACUGUUAUUUACAAGAAGAGAAGUUGCGAGAAGCCCUGACACCCAUUGAGAUAAUGGGGGCGCUGUUGGGGUCAGCGAUGCAUGACCUAGAUCAUCCUGGUGUCAAUCAAAAGUACCUCAUCAACUCAAAGCACCAUCUUGCUGAUCUUUACCAGAAUUCUUCAAUUCUUGAGAACCAUCACUGGCGGGUUGGUAUCUCAGUUCUCACAGAAACGGGCCUUCUAGAUCAUCUACCCCCUGAGGAAUGGAAGAUGUUUGUGGAUCAUAUACGAUCGUUAAUCCUGGCGACAGACAUCGCCAGGCAACAAGAGUUCCUUUCACAAUUCCAGAAUAUGCUUGAUGGGAGUGAUCUGAAUCUCAAUAAACAUGAAACUAGGAAAUUUAUUUUACAAAUUGCUCUAAAGUGUGCUGAUAUCUGUAAUCCCUGCCGAACAUGGCAGGUAACUGAGAAGUGGGGCAAUGUUGUGUCCGAGGAGUUCUUCAGACAAGGUGAUAGGGAGAAGGCUGAAGAGUUACCAAUCUCAAUGAACUGCAAUAGAGACACAACUACUGUACCACAGAUACAAUGCGGGUUCAUCGGAUUUGUGGUUGAGCCUCUCUUUAAGAACUGGGCUCGUUUCAUGCCAUCAAACCUCUCAGAGUCGAUGCUUCACAAUAUGAGAGAGAACAAGAGGGUAUGGCUGGAACGAAAAGAAAAAGAACAGGCAGCUUCAACCCAAACCACAGCCAAACAAAACAGUGCAAUUCAAAGUUCAUCAAAUGAGAAAAAGGACUGUAAAGUGGAAGAGAAAGCGAUGGUGACGGAGAGUGAGCGUGAAUCGAGCUCAGCGAAGAACGUAGAUCUUGCAGAACCAGAGACGAAGGCUUUGAAGCUGAGCCCUGCAGAGGAGAAGGUUUCGAUGGAGAGUGGGAACGUGUCCCUUGCUGGGAAACACAAACAUAGUGCAAUCCGGGAACGUACUCACAAGGUCCAGGUGCAUGCGCAUCAGGAACAAGUGCGCCCUCAUUCUGCAGUGCUUUCACCUCAAACGCAUCGUGCUCUCGGUGUGCACAGAGCCAUCGAUGUGACUUUAUCAGACUCCAACACCAUUGGUGUCCAUUCCCACAGUGCAGAUAAUCUACGUAGUGCCAGCUCAACAAGUGCGGUUACAAUGCGGACCGCCAUGGAGGCUAAGCAGAGAGAUAGUAGGUCUCCUAAGGUCAACAAACGCAAAAGUGCAACAGAGAACAUGCUGCAAGGAGGCUUCGUGGGCAGCAGACGAUUGGAAUCGUUUAGUUUACGUCUGCCCCGCUCUCCAAAUACCCUGCGAAAGGAGCUGCGCUUCGAUGACCCUUGGGAAAAGAUCGAAAAGUCACCGCGGUCACCACGAAGCCCUACUGGAGACCUUCGUAGCCCCGUAGGAAGCCCGCCACCAUGUAUUGAAUCGCCUUUACUUCAACGUGCCAGUCAUCCCCUGAGAAUUAGCCACACAUCUCCUGGUUUAUCAGACAGUAGCUUACACAGUGUAGGUGGUCAAGGCAAUAAUGCAAUAGCAAAGCUUGGACAUGGUUUCAACAACAAUGUGGAUUUUUCUAUGCCUGUAGACGUUAGAUCCGCUUCAUCACUGCUCCAUCAUAACAUGUCGCACAAUAAGCAGCAUGAUGGCUCCGAGCCAGUGUACUGGCAGGAGAGAGGUCUUCUGAUGUACUCGGAACAGAACAGCGUGUCUCCACGAAACUCCAAGCACUUUUUAAAAGCAGCUCUGUCGCCCUCAAGCUCAAACCGGGACACAGGCAAUGUGUUAGAACAUAGGACUAAAGCAACACCUACGAGUCUCCUUGUGAGACCUACCGAAGGUAGAGGGUCUUCACUGGCCAACCCUUCCACCACACAGCAUUCUAGAACAGAAGGUUAUUCAUCAUCUCUCUUGGUACCUAGUGAUUCAUCAGGGAAUAAGGAAAGACCUAGGGAGAAAGGAUCACCAUUCAUCAGGAAACGCAUCGUUGAGAAUCAACGAAAGAGGGAUCUCCAAGUUCCAGUAAUCAGUUCUGGGAGUCUGUCUCCUCGGGUGCCACCAAGAGGUAUGCUGAAUAUCUAUGCUCCUACCUCUCCUCCGUCAGACCACACCCCUACGUCACCACCGUACUCUGUACCAGCCGCCCUAAGCCCACUCCUUCAAGACUUCACCAGUAAUCAACUCGCCUCUAUCGCCCGGCGUAGACAGCAGAUGCAGACGGGUGACCAGCCGUCUCCGUCGUCCUCCACUGCAUCCAUGAGCCACGUCCAGGCUCUAGGAGAUCGGAGUCCACGGGUACAGCGCCAUCUUGGUACAAGGGAGACAGAGUCUAAGUCGGGCACAAGUAGCACGCAUGAUAGUGCAGAACUCUCUAGGUGAUCUUUGAUGAUAUAGCAGGAAGUAUAACCUUUGAACUCUCUCUGCAUUUGAUUUGUAUCUUCAGAGGGGUUGUUUAUUGUGCCAAAUAAAUGUUGAAUGAAGGUUGAUGUGAUGAGUCGGUUAUACAGCUCAUUUUGAUAAGUGAUAAAAAACCCAACUCAGUUCUAGGGAUAUCAGGUGGGUGUUUCAUAAAGGUGCUCGUAAGA